AUGUCGCAGCACCAUUCAUGCGUGACAUUUCGUCAUGUGAUCGGGAAGGCAGAGGUUAAGGGGCGGUGCUAUCACGGGCUGCAAAUCACACGCAGUGUCCAGGACAACCAGUUCUGUGCUGUGAACCCUCGCUACAUCGCUGUGGUGACCGAGUGUACUGGGGGUGGGUCCUUCAUUGUCAUCUCUAUUCGUCAUACAGGGCGUGUGAGUCCUCUCCACCCAUGUGUGUGUGGUCACAGUGCUCGUGUGUUGGAUGUGAAGUGGGACCCAUUUAAUGACCAGCGCAUUGCGUCCUGUUCCGAAGACUGUACGGUGAAAGUGUGGCAGAUUCCUCCUGAUGGAUUGAAAGAGAAUCUGUUGUUGCCCAGUAAAGAUCUGAUCGCUCACAAAUGCAGAGUGUCAAUCAUUGAGUGGCAUCCAACCGCCCAAGACCUGCUGAUAAGCUCUGCCUAUGACUAUAAAGUGUUGGUGUGGCGUUUAGACACCGCUGGUGUUGUUGUGGAGAUGCCGGUGUGUGAGAUAAACACACACUCUGAUUUGGUGGUGUGUUUGAGCAUCAGUGCAGAUGGCAGUGUGUUUGCCACAGUCUGCAAAGACAAGAAGAUCAGAGUCAUCGAGCCACGCACCGGACGAGUGCUGCAGGAGUCUGGCAGCUCGUCUCAUAAAGCAUGUAAGAUUGUGUUCCUGUGGAAUCUCAACAUGAUGUUGACCACAGGAAACUCGUCCUGGAACCAGAGACAGUUUGCUCUGUGGAACCUGGAGGAUUUGUCCGAGCCGUUACUAGAGGAGGAUUUGGAUGGAGGGUCAGGGGUCAUUUUCCCUUUUUAUGACCCUGACACACAAAUGCUGUAUCUGGCUGGAAAGGGUGAUGGCAACAUUCGUUAUUAUGAAGUCAGUGGGGUGAAACCGUACAUUCACUUCCUCGCCGAAUAUCACUCUUCUUUCCCACAGAGAGGAAUGGGUGUAAUGCCCAAGCGUGGACUGAACGUCAGUGCGUGUGAGGUGUUCAGAUUCUACAGGCUGCUGACCGUCAGAGAUCUGCUGGAACCUGUCAGCUUCUAUGUGCCACGGAAGUCUGGGUGUUUUCAGGAGGAUAUUUAUCCACUGACAGCAGCCAAUGAAGCGGCCAUGAGCGCACAUGAGUGGCUGAUGGGACACAAUAAAGGUCCGGUGCUGAUGUCUCUGAGACCAGCAGCUCGACUGCUCGAGUCCUGCACAACUGAAAUACACAACAGCCUUCAGACCUACACACUGACCAAUCAGGACACAGAAUGCCCCUCUGACAUCAUCAUAGACCUGCACGAUUGGACUGAAGACGACACCCAGAGCCUGGACUGGAGCUCGGCGCACACACGCUCAGAUCUAAACUGGACUAAAGCCGUGUUUUAUCUCCCCGCGGGACCAGAGAGAGAGCUGCUACAGGUGAUGUUUCAUCAGCAGGAGGAAAUUAAAGAUCUGCAGGAGAAACUCCAACAACGAGACGAGAAAAUCCAACAACUGGAGAGAGAGCUGAAGAACAUGAUGACAGCCAAUCACAGCACAAGCACUGCAGCCAAUCAGAAAAGAGAAUAUUAG